AUGAGAUACAUGGCUACAGGAAAUUUUCAAAUAACUCUGGGAGACUGUUCAGACAUGUCUCAACCAAGUGUUAGCAAAUGUGUUCGGAAUGUUUCUGAUGCUGUUGCCACUCUUGCACCAGAUUAUAUUAAAUUCCCCUUUCCAGAACGAGAAGAAGAGUUCUUGCAAGAAUUUGCCUCUAUUGCUGGAAUGCCAGGUGUGAUAGGCUGUAUAGAUGGGACUCACAUUCCAAUCAAGAGCCCUGGAGAGCCAAAUCCUGAACUCCACAGGUGUAGAAAGAAUUUCUUCUCCAUUAAUGUCAUUGGCGUAUGUGAUGCACGCAUGAUAUUUUCAAACCUUGUCGUAAGCUGGCCGGGCAGUGCUCAUGACUCCCGCAUAUUCACAACUUCAAGAUUUUGUGAAAGUCUGCAGGCUCGGGAAUAUCGAGGCCUUCUCCUUGGUGAUAGUGGAUAUGCGUUGCAUCCCUACUUACUCACUCCAAUCCAUAAUCCAGCUAAUGAAAAGCAGAGGAAAUAUAACAGAUCUCAUAUUAAAACAAGAACUACAAUUGAAAGGACAUUUGGGGUGUGGAAGAAGAGAUUUGCUGUAUUGCAACAUUGUAGGAGCAAAGCUGUCUACUACCAAAAAUAA